UACUUGUCUUAUUCUCACACGAGUAGCAAAAGCCAAAAACGCAUAUGAAAUAUCCUCACAAAUGUGCAAAUAUGUAGUGCCCUGGUGACUAACCCCUAAACCCCCAAAAUUAAACAAAAACAAAUUCUCAACAACUUUUACUAAACUCCUUUUACCAAAUUUAUCACCUUUUUGGUUUACCGCUUACCUCAUCUAUAUAUUAUAACACCCAUUUCUCUCACUCUCCUCAAACCCAUUACUUCAUCACAUCAAGCAUCAACUCUUCUUCUAUCAUAUCCCUCUUUUCUUAAACCCCUAAAAAAAAACCAUAACUUAAUAAAACUUCACAAUUACCACCACACAUAAUAAUGGAAACCAUGCAAAUGCAAAUCUUUUUGGGCAUGGUGGCCAUAUUAUCGGUCUACAUGUUAUGGUUCUCUCAGCUGUGUAGACGUUUAAGUACUGGUCCAAACCUUUGGCCUCUGGUAGGAAGUCUACCAUAUCUGUUCAAAAAUCGAAAUCGACUCCAUGAUUGGAUUGCGAGUAACCUCCGGCGGACUAGUGGGGCUGCCACGUACCAAACAUGUACCAUAGCCAUACCUUUCUUGGCAUACAAGCAAGGGUUCUACACGGUUACGUGUCAUCCAAAAAACAUUGAACACAUCCUCCGAACCCGGUUCGAUAAUUACCCUAAGGGCCCACAAUGGCAAGCAGCUUUUCAUGAUUUACUAGGCCAAGGUAUUUUUAACAGUGACGGUGAAACUUGGCUUUUACAACGUAAAACUGCUGCUCUUGAGUUUACUACAAGAACCCUACGUCAAGCCAUGAACCGGUGGGUUAACCGGACUAUCCGAACCCGGCUUUGGAAGAUUCUAGAAACAGCUGAAGAUGAAAAGAAACCGAUUGAUUUACAAGACUUGCUUCUUAGGCUUACUUUUGAUAAUAUUUGUGGGUUGACUUUUGGGAAAGACCCGAUGACUUUGUCACCGGGUCUACCCGAUAACCCGUUUGCCUCGGCUUUUGACUCCGCUACCGAAUCUACCCUUCAGAGGCUACUAUACCCUGGUUUUCUUUGGAGGUUAAAAAAGGUAUUUCAAGUUGGAGCUGAAAAAAGGUUACAAAAAAGUUUACAAGUUGUGGAAAAUUAUAUGUCAGGUGCACUCAAUGCUAGAAAAGAGAACCCUUCUGAUGAUUUACUAUCAAGGUUUAUGAACAAGAGAGAUCAAAACGGUAACUUUUUUGCUGAUGAUGUGCUUAAACGCAUCGCUUUGAACUUUGUCCUAGCUGGACGUGACACGUCAUCAGUGGCCUUGAGUUGGUUUUUCUGGUUAGUGAUGAAUCACCCUGAGGUUGAGGCAAAGAUCAUCGAUGAGAUAUCGACGGUGUUAAAUCAGACACGUGGCGAUGAUCCGGGUAAGUGGGUUAGUGAACCACUAGAGUUUGAUGAGGCUGAUAAACUUGUUUAUCUUAAAGCAGCAUUAGCUGAGACUUUACGAUUAUACCCUUCUGUACCGGAGGAUUUCAAGUACGUUGUGAACGACGACGUAUUGCCAGAUGGGACUAUUGUUCCUGCGGGGUCCACAGUGACGUACUCGAUUUAUUCCGUAGGGAGGAUGAAAACUGUAUGGGGAGAGGAUUGCAUGGAGUUCAGACCUGAAAGGUGGUUAAGUGAACCGGUAUCUGGUUCUGGAUACCGGUUUGAACCACCUAAGGAUGGUUAUAAGUUUGUGGCUUUUAAUGCGGGUCCUAGGACUUGUUUAGGGAAAGAAUUGGCUUACUUACAGAUGAAAUCUGUGGCUUCAGCUGUGUUGCUCCGGUACCGGCUACAGCCGGUUCCCGGUCAUCGGGUCGAGCAAAAGAUGUCCUUGACUUUGUUCACGAAACAUGGGCUCAAGGUGUAUGUUGAGCCUAGAGAGCUCAAGGGUGGUGCGGGUUGCAUUGCUGCUUGUGCAUAGCGAGAUUGGGGGCAUUUUCGUCUUUUCAAGUGUUUAAAGAAGUUUCAUUUUAUCAUUAUACUCAUAAAAUGUGCAUUUUGAUUUUAAUAUUUACAUUUGUGUAUGUUUGAUACAGUUGUUUUGAUUUGUAUUAUUGUUGUUACUAUUCUAUUGAAUUGAAGUUCUUAAAAAGAGAUUCAUUUGUAUCUAGAAAUUGUUGUUUAAGGCAUAUAUAUUUUGACAAUGUAAUACAGUGUACUCGUAUACAAUUACUUCUAUAAAGAGUGGAAAUGUACAAUGUCCCUCUAAAUGAGUUAGGGUGCUCUUGUGUUACAAAUGAAUGAUAGGAAGUAAAUAAAAAUAUGGUUGAAACUCGCUCAUGUUUUCCUUC